AGGAGACAAAGUGUUUCCCAGUAUCUCUCCACCACACACCAGUUAACAAUUAUGGUUAACUCAACGGUUAUACCAUUCCACGACUUUCUGUCUAAGCAUUCCUCAGAGUAUGAACUCAAGCAACCAACACAUUUUUAAUGUCUGAAGAACUCGGACAACUCCAUCUACCAGGUAACCCCGUCGCUUCGGAAGCUUAGCAGCCUCAUCCUCUCAUCAAACACUGACAGCAGCUCCACCUGGGGAAGGAGGAGAAGGCUCUGCGGGCACACAAACGACUUGUGCUCUAAGUGCCGUGAGUUUCCAGCUGUGCCUUGUCAGCCUCCGGACCGAAUACAUUGUGCUGCUCCUCAUUUUCCUUGAGUGAGCGUUGAGUUCUCCAAGAACGGAGCCGAGCCUGUUGCUCGAGACGAGCAUAGUGCUCUGUCUCCAGGGAAAGGAGAUAUUGCAGCCUAAGGAACCGGCUAACGUGUUUCAGCAAUCUCCUCGUACCUCUGGGCACUUUGAGAGACAGAAAAUGAUGCAGGCGACAUCAAUAGUCUCCUGUUUCCUGCUUGUCUCUCUGUGCAUUGAGUUCUCCCACAGUGACGCCGUUGCCCUUCUCGGGAGGCAGAGGAGAAGGAUGCGCUCCAGAGGGCUGCCAAGGAGCUCCUCAGCAGGGCACAGGGCCCCAGCCCAGCCAGGGAUGGAGCCGCCAGCGCCCAUCGUGGCAGCGCCCAGCGUACCGCUCAUUAACAUUGAUGACGGGGUGAUGGGAGUCUUUGACUCUCUCAUAGGUUUGGCUGGACAGGAAUCCAGUUACAGCAUCUUGCCAGGAAAGCAGGGACACUGCACAGCUAAUGGGAUGAUUCUGUACGACAAAGCUGUCUGGUCUCCCAAGCCCUGCGUUACCUGUCUGUGUUCGAAAGGAGAAGUGAUCUGUGACACAGCCGUGUGCCACCCUCUACGAUGUCCCAGCACUAUCCUACCCGCAGGAGAAUGCUGCCCGAUCUGCUCUGAUGCUGCCUCCUCUUCGGACUCAAGCAUCAUUUCACUGGAUGACACGAGUGAGUUGUCUGGUGAUGUUCCAGAAUCCACCGAGCUGGACAAUGCCAAUGUGUUGCCAUCAGCGCGUACUCACACUGAAGAGGAUGAACUGCUCAGGACUGAAGUGGUAGAGUUUAAAGAGAAAGAAGGUCAUAAGAAGGAUGAAAAGAAAAGAAAAAGGAAAGGUAAAAAACAUCGCCAGAAGCAUAAAGCCCAUCGCAGAGAAAAGCAGCCUAUUGCAAGACAGGGACUCGCAGAAGAAGAGACACCAUAUGACAUCCAUGAAGAUGAUGGUACUUUAAGAAUGCCACCUCAUUCCCCUAUUCCUGUUCCACCCAUAGAAGCUCCUCCUUUGCCAGCUGGAUGCUCCACCUUGGACACCACAGUAAGCUGCAUUAAUGCCAAACUGACACAAAUACCACCCAUCUCAGACCCAGAUCUGACAAGUCUGGACCUUACAGGCAACGGUAUCACCGCUAUCUCAGAUGAAGCAUUCAAUGGGAUACCUAACUUGGAGUGGAUCGAUCUGAGUAAAAACAAUAUUACCUCUCCUGGCAUAGGUCCAAGCGCAUUCAAAGUCCUGAAAAAGCUGAAACGUUUGUAUUUGGAUGGGAAUCUGCUGGUACAUGUUCCCUCUGAAUUGCCAUCAACUUUGGAAGAAAUAAAAAUAAAUGAUAACCACCUCCAUGCCAUUGAUGAAGACAGCUUAAAAGAUCUAAAGAACUUGGUCACCCUGGAACUAGAAGGGAAUAAACUCAGUGAAGCAAACGUCAGCCCUUUGGCCUUCUCACCUUUGAAAAGUCUCUCUUACUUGCGACUGGGAAGAAACAAAUUCAGAAUUAUCCCACAAGGCCUGCCUGUCACUCUUGAGGAGUUAUACCUUGAGAAUAAUCAAAUUGAAGAAGUGUCAGAAAUUUGCUUUAACCACACAAGAAACAUAAAUGUCAUUGUGCUAAAGCACAACAAAUUAGAAGAGCACAGAAUAGCACCUUUGGCUUGGAUAAAUCAAGGGAACUUGGAGUCAAUCGAUCUCUCUUAUAACAAGUUAUAUCAUGUUCCUUCCUACCUGCCAAAAUCUUUACUACACCUGGUACUCAUUGGCAAUCAGAUUGACAGGAUUCCAGGGUAUGUCUUUGGUCACAUGAAGCCGGGGCUGGAGUACCUGUACCUGUCCUUUAACAAACUGACUGAUGAUGGAAUCGACCCGGUGUCAUUUUUUGGAGCAUAUCACUCUCUGAGAGAGCUGUUUUUGGAUCACAAUGAAUUAAAGUCUGUACCAUUCGGAAUUGAUGAGAUGAGAAAAUUACGUUUCCUAAGACUGAACAACAAUAAAAUAAGGACGGUCCCUCCGGAACGCAUCUGCAGGACUCAGUUUGGUGACGAUGACGUUCGCGAGAGCAGUGAAGAGGAGGAGACUGCAGAGUCGCGUUUGGAACACGUUCACCUUGAGCACAACUAUAUCAACACCAGACAGCUAUCGCCACAUGCCUUUUCAUGCAUACGGUCCUACUGCAGCAUUGUUCUUAAACCACAGAAGAUCAAAUGAGCAUCCAGGUCUCGUGCUGCGAUCGCAGUUUCUAGGAACACAGCUUUAUUUAUUCUCUGCUACUAACAGGUCUGCUUACUUCUGAUUUAAUCCCUUCUUUUUUCUCUUCAAUAUGCAUUUUUCUGUUUUUAAGAUACCAUAAAAGUGAAUUUUAUGCAAGUCAUUUGGCUAAGAUUUUACCUAAAACUUUUUGGACUUGGGACACAACAGUAGCAGAGGCCAAAAACCAAGAAGGAGAAAGAAGCCAAGGGAUGAAGGUUAUGCAACGAGCAGGUGCUUACUCACUUAAGGAAUACGUGGGCAAUUAGACUCGGGUAACAUUUCCAUAUGGCAAACGUAAACAGUGCAAUUCUUCUGUUCGCUCUUCAAAAUUACCAACUACAUUGGAAGAAAAAUGGGCUUUAUUAUAGAAAACCCCCACUACCAUUUAACAGUGAGCCUCAAAGACUUUAUGAGCAAAGUAAAUGGGAUUAUCACCAUUUUACAGCUUCUGAUAGUGAGAUACAGUGAAGUGAGCUGAUUGUUCCUGGUCAAAAAAUAUAUGGGAACAAAUUCAGAAUUUGCAGAACUAGCAGAACAAACCGAGGCAAGAACAGCUCAACGCAACCCCCCCCAGCUUGUUUACUCUCAAAACUAUAUUUGAGCAAAUGGUUAGUUUUUGCAGGCUUGCACUGGAAAUGAACAUACUCCAAGAGGGCAGUUAGCUGGAGAACGGAAUAUAGAUCUGCUAAAGAACUAUCAGACCCACAAGUCUCAUUCAGUAGCACAGCCCACACCCUGUAUCAGCCAGGAGAUGUUUUGUGGAUCCAAAACAACUUGCCUGGACCUCAGCCAUACCAGUCCUCUGAAAAUUUCCCAAGUCUGACAGAAGCAGGCACCACGUGAACUUUUAGUCUGGGCAGAAGCUCACUUGAGAUCCUCUGGGAGGGUCUUCAUGUUAUUCUGAGAUGGCUGGAAGAACGACUGCCUGCAGAAAGUCCUCGUUCACACACAGGCAAGUCCCUGAUGAGAACGUGCUUUGAGGAAGAAAACUGCAAAGCCCAUCAUGGAACAAUUUUGACAGUGGGAUUUGGGUAGAUGCACAGAAUACUCUUGUUUUUCCUGCUCUCCACAAGCAGAUGAAGCUGUGAUUCGUAUUCACAGAAAUUCAAGAGAGAACAAGUUGCUAAGGCUGCAGAGAAGUCCUAUCAGAAUUUUUUAACCAUUUCAAAGAGGAAACUACUCAGAGUAAGGCAAAAAUCUGAAUACGAUGUUUUUAGUAACCCAGCCAGUGAUUGACUUUAACACUGGGUUUGCACGCAGGAAGCAUUGAAAGAUCUCGUGGGCCAGAACCAGCAGCCAACUGUGUAACCUAUACUUGUCGGGAAGAAGCCCUGCACAGCAGGCUCACUGUCUUCUUGAGAAGUGAAAAAGGUAAAAGCAUCCACCUAAAAAUACCAGUUCAUAAUAGCAUUUGACUUGUCCAGUAGACAGAUUCCUGUUUCCCAAAGAACGAAACGGAGAGAUCUCUGCUGCUGUUGCUUAUUCAGUAAUAUUAGCUUUGGUUACUGCCAGUCACCAUGAAAUCCCAAACUCUCCAUUUCAAGGGGAAAGGCUUUAGUUUUACUUCUCUUGGCACACUGAAAACCACUUUAAAUGGGGGGAAAAAACAGUGGGCAUGUGAAAUAAGAGCUCCUAUUGAAUGUUGUCAACAACUUCUGUACAGUCACAAGGCCCAAAAUCUUGUGGAAAAAUGUUGGAACACUUUUUCCAUCUAAAAGUAGGGAAUACGUCACUCACAAAACUCUAAAAUGUAUUAAACAGAUCUCCCUUUCCACAUUAAGAAAUGGUCACAUGACCAAAUUGAGUUUAGCCUUUUAUUUUCCUAAUAAAUUAACAUCUUACUCAGAAGUUUUAUCCCGACUUGGGCAUUGAGCAGCUAUACCCAAACGCUAGCAAGCACAACUUUAACAAUUUUGUAAUGACUGCUGCAAUGAAAUUCAGUGGAAGUGCAUGGCUUUACUGUUCCCAAGAGACACAGCCUUGUUCCACGUGUAAUGCUCCUUGCUUACGGCCACUGUGUGCCAUAGUAAAACCUCAUCAGGAUAGAGCCAUAAAGACUUAGCACUGUUUUCUCCUCUUCAGUUUAAGAAGCAAACAGAGAAUAUCAAACAGAAGUUUUCAUAAACACCUUCCAUCAUACGUGAUCCAAGAUGAACGAGCUGCAGCAGUUACCUCGCUGUGAAAUUUCCUCUGGAAAACAUCCGGGCACCGCUGUGCACCCCUGCAAGAGCAUACAAAGCCCAAUACUGCAGAAAACGUUUUUGAUCACACCAAAACUCAGUUCAUGAUAAAUUACCAUCCAUUUUAUCCUACUGAAAUGCUCCAGUCACUAAAGGAAAACUAAAACAACAGAUUUCCUAGCAAUAUGGUGUCAGCUUUUCCCAGACUCUGCUGGGUGUGAGGAGCGAGGCAAUGGGAGCAAUGACUGAACAUUGCUUAUUUACUCAUCACAGUGCCCAGUAACUGCUGGGAUGGGCUCAGAAAAUGAGCUGAUGUUUGUGAGCUGUGAGGGCACGGCUGUUUGCUUCUCUCGGUAAAGCUACAAGCCAGUGAUGUUCUUGACCAGUGCUUCAAAUCCAGCCUACGAGCGGGCCAGUCACCACGGAAGUCAUAAAGGACACAAACACUCUCCGUCCUCUCUACAAGUGAGCAAACACUCAGGAGCCGAGUGAAUUCCCCACAACAAAACUCGUUCAGUCCGCUUGAGCCAUCCAGACUCCAUUCAUUAAAUGAAUGGAGAAUUUAAGAAUUAAAUUAAGUAAAUUAAAGCAUUAGCAGUUGCAGUAUUUAAAACGUUUAUCUUAAAAAUAUUGACUUUCUAAUUUCUUCUUGAGUAGUCUGUCAUGUAAAGAAUUUCUACAGCUGCUGAGUAAAUGAUUGGUGUAGUCUGGUAGAGCUCCCAGCUGGUUUGUGUUUCAUCCUUUGCACAGCACACAGAUUCCCCAGUUCUUGAAUGCAAACAUUCGUGUAAUUCAUAGCUUCUGUUUUUGGCUGUUGUUUACACUAACAGAGCCCUGAUAGAGUUAGGAAUACCAGCUACCAAUGCGCUGUUUUCUACAAAGCCCUUUGAAGCAGUUCUCUUAAUUCCAAGAAAAGACCUGCCAUUCCAAGUGUGAGUAUUGUGAGCCCAUGUACAGAAACCUGCAGGCUUUGCAUGCAGCACUGACCAAAACAAAUCUGUUGCUCUGUGGGAACUUCUCAUAUGACAGCAGUUCCUAGGGAAAUUAUAUAAAAGCUGACUUAUUUUUUCCACAUACAGUUCGUUUUCUCAAAGGAGUAAUACUGAACACAGCUGUGGAAAUACUGGGUAUUCAACAACACUCUCACCCAGGGCAAGAAUCUUCCGAGUGGAUUGUGUGAUGGUAUUUUUAAAGGACUAAAAUUAGGAAAAAGGAUUAACAUGGACUAUAUUUUUUCUCACAGCAGCUUCUCCAAAAUCCUGAAAGCUGUCUACCCCGUUACAUUUUACCCUCUGGCCUCUGUUCCUUAAAAACCUUCACAGUUAGGGAAUGGCUGUCCUCAUGAAUAUUUCAUGGUUCAUGUUCCCUUUUAAAUGGCUGUUCCUUAGAAAUCUAUAGGACUUGCUUUCUUCUAAUGGCACCUGGUUCUGAAUUUCAGCAGAACCUUCUCACCACCAUCCUUCCAGGGAAAACUCUUCUUCCAUUUUUCUAGCACAGUUUGGCUCUUGUAACAAGGAACUUGGGAAGCAAGACUUUUCCUCUUUCAAUUAGACCAAUUACUCUUUGGGUGUAUAUAAAACAUUAAAGUCUAUGAUACGUCUAGCACAUUUCCACAGCUGAACUACAAAUGUUCCAUGAAUGUAUCCUUUUGGUUUGAACCCUCCACCCACUCAUUUCCUUUGUGUUAACCCAGUUUUUGCAUUGGAAAAGGCAAAACAAUUAUUCUCUUUCUCCCUUGAUGCCAUAGGGUUUCAAACAGAUUUGCAUUACCUGCAUUAUGUAUUUAUUUUGAAGGAUAUUUUGAAAGCCUCUGGUAAAAUCUUAAGUGAAAUAAGCAUUGGUUAGUUCUCUGGUUAACUGAAGUAAAUUUCUGUCCGACCUCCUGAGCAAAGAGCAGCGCAUGGUCUCAUGUGAGGAGACAUACAUAGAAAUUACCCUGAAACAAAACCCUCUUUGCAGUACGACUCUGAUGUGACAAAUUACAAAGACGUCAUUUGCUUGUUUAAAAAAGAAAAGCUAUACGUUGGCUGGGCAGGCUUCCUUUGUGCAGUCAGAGCUACUUCGCUCAGCUGCGGGCAAGCCGAGUGGAAAUUGCCCUUUGUGGGAUAGAAGCGCUCAGGACAAAAAAAUAACAGCCUCUGCUUUACAAACUGUUCUACAGAAAGAUCUCAUGUUCCACACCACAAGUCAACAUGCAGUUAUGCCAUAUGUUUGCUUUCCAUUGACAUAAGUGUUUCCACUGAGUGGUAACAGCAACUUCUAUCAUCUGGCGAAUUGCUGCCUAUGAUAAAAAGCAGUGCAAACCCAUCCAGGGGACCAAGUAUCUUAACCAUACAUUCCCGCAUUCCCAAACAAGUACCUUGGAAAACAGCACAUUAGGGCACCUGUCAGACAGUUCUACCUGCUCUCUGCAUGGUCCUUUAGCUUAGUUUAGAAGGUUUUCUCUUUGGAUUUCUGUCAUUUUCGCCAGCCCUGCUCUAACGCCCACGACACCACAGGGCUGUGCGUGCGACAGCGAGCGAGACGGAGCUCAUGUCCGGAUCCAGGCAGCCACAGGCACUGCUGCCCUGAUCCACAUACCCAGGUUUGUUCAAAGCUGUAGCAGACUCAACUGCUUGAACACUGCAUCCCCACCGAAUCAUGCCAAGAAUGGGUUUGUUAAUAUACACAGGUUUGAUAUUUUAAUACACAAGCACCACCAGUACGGACAGCUGCAGAACCUCAGCAUGUUUGUACUACUGCAAAACCCAUACUUAACAGUAUAGUUAUUAGAUCGGAUCCACUAUACCAAAUAUUGCAAGUUUUCCCUAAUUUACAUUUAAUUUCUUUAGGUGUUUCUUUUCUCCUUA